AUGUGUUUUUGCUAAUUAAAAAAUUGCAAAUGCAAUGAAAGUUGUCUACUUUUUAUAUUCUUCCUUGAAGACACCAAUAUUUUAAAAAUUCACAAUUAUCUCCCAAAUACUUUCAACUUUAAUAAUAAAAAUAUGCCGAUAUUUUCGAGAAAUACAUUAAAUAAAUUUAAGGUUUUUUGGGCAUUAGGAAAAGAAUUUAAAUAGAAAAAUGAAAUAGAACUGUUUUUUUAAAGCAUUUAUUUAGAAGGUGAAUUGCACUAAAUAUUCAUAUUUUUGGAUAAAGUUAAUUAUUAACAAAACUUUUUAUAAACCCCUAUUAUUAAUAAUCCUCUUUUGUAAAAAUAAUAUUAAUAAAAUAUAAGAUUGAUUCUUUUUGAUUUCAAUUAAAACUUUAAUUAAUAUGAAGUUAAAUUUCUAACUAAUAGAUUUAUAAUGUUAUUUAUUUAAUAGGUUGAAAAGAGACUCAAAGAAACUAUACUGAAGAUAAGUAAUUCAUAAAUCAAUAAUAUAAUAAAAUUUUAAUUUUCAAAAGAAACUUCAAAAAUAAAAGAAGAAGCAUUAAAAAAUUUCUCAUAAUGUUUACAAAAUCUAAUCUCAAAAGUUGAAAAAAAAAAUUCAAUUGAGUAUGUAGCAAAAUUGAUUUAAUAUCUUCAUAUGAGUAGACAAAAUAUAUUUUAUGUAUCAUAAAACGUUUAAAGUACUUAUUCAUUUACAAAUGCAGUUCUAAUAAAAUUUAAUUAUGAGAUUUUGAAAAACUUAAAUGAUUUCAUUGAAGAAAUUCUUAGUAGAAUUCAAAAGAUUCUUAAAAGUAAUUAAGUAUAGAUUUUGAAAUGCUAUUAAUGUAAUUCAUUUGGAUAUCUGACUUUAAAGGAAGAAUGUUCUUUUAUUAAUACAUUUAAUCCAUCAUAAUGCGAAUGCAUUUAAUCUGAGAAUUAUUAAUAAUUAACAGUGAAUGAAUGUAAUUAAAAUGAUAUUGAAACAUUAAUUUUACAAUUAAAGCAUACAUUCAGUAUUUAAUACAUACUAAAAAAAUUUGAACAAAAAAAAUAAGAAAAAAUUAUGCAAGAUGAUUAAAACAAUUAUAAGAAAUUAUCUGAAAAACUGAAAAACGUAUAAGAAAAUCUAAAAGUUUUAAAAGAUAAAUCUUAAAAAUUGCAAGUUAAAAAUGAAUAAAUAUAAAUGGAAAAUCAAUCUCUUUUAUAAAAGAGAAACAAUAUAGAAUAAUAGAUAAUAUAAGUAGAAUAAGAAAUAGAACAUUAUGAAUAGAAAUCAAAAUAAUUAGAUAAUGAUAAUCUAGAUAAUUAAGAAAUAAAUUAUAAAUAUGUAAAUUGA